UGUAAAUACUGAUACAGUAAUUAUGGAUGAAAACCAUGCCUGCUAAAGCGAGCUGAGAUUGCCAGAUGACAUCGCACUGCCGCUGAGCCGAGGCUGGUGCAGACUUCCUGUUUUGUGGCGAAGCAGUGUUCAGUCUGCUGCUCUGGAGGUCUGUAACUCCGAGAUGUUAACACUGUAUCCACAGUAACGCAGAGGACACACGGGUGCACCGGAGCAUGGAGCUGGUGUCUGUGCAGUAUGAAUUUGAGUACACAGCGAAGGAUGGUCGCCUCGUGUCCAUCAAGCCUAAUGAAAGUUACAUCCUGGUCUCCAAGACUAAUGAGCACUGGUGGCACGUUCGCAAAGACCAGCACAGCAGACCCUUUUAUAUCCCUGCGCAGUAUGUGAAGGAGCUCCUAUCACUUACUGAAAACCCUCCUGGUCCUAAUAGCUUGAAAUCACCCGAGUGUGUGACUAACAGUAAGCCAGGGGAUAUGGCUCACAUAACACCACGUAAAGCGACAGCAGGGAAUCGUGUAUCAGCUCUGGGCGCUUCAAGAGAGACACACCGCUUCUCCACUUUUGGUUUCUGUGAGAACAUACCAGAUGUGAAGCCCAGCGAGACUCUGGAUGAAGGACAAACAACCAGCAGCUUUGCAGACAGCCAGGAUAAAAUAAAGACACAUGAUUCAACAACAGGCUUUUCAAUUACCUCUGCACCUCUGAAUACUGACAACAUGCAACUGUACGCAAAAUCUCAUCAUGUGCCAAAGGUCAAAAACGGACAAAAACAGCCACUGAAGGAUGAUGAAGUCAACCAACCACAGACUUUUCUACACAAUGAGGAUAUGGACUUCCCUUUACCCCCUGAUUCACCAAUAUAUGACACCAUACCAGAGCUGAACAUCCCAGAAUUUGACACGUUUCCUGAGCCUCCUAGUCCUGUUGCCUCAAAUGACACAUUGACGUUUGAGCUGCAGAAUUCAAAUCAAACUGCAGGAACAACUUCCUCUACAGAUGGGCCUCCCGUUGAGCAGGUGGGGAAUGAAAGUCUCCGGUCAGCCGUGUACGUCAAUGUAGCACAACUUCGCCAAAGCAUCUCCGAGUCUCCCCCCUCGGCUCCUUCGUCCUACUCUCCUUCCUACCUUGACCCAGAGGGAUGGGAGGCGCACGUUGAUCAAGAAAGUGGACAGGAGUACUACUACCACCCCACCACGGGGCGCACCACCUGGGACAACCCUUAUCUAGACUCCCCCACAGACCCUGAGCCGCCUUGUUCCCCCUCACCUCCUCAGUCACCCACCCUUUCUCCUUCCCCCGCCUCCCCCCCUGCGUGGAUCUCAGACUGGGAGCAGUUGGUGGAUGAGACCAGCGGUCGCCCAUACUUCUACAACCAGAUGUCUGGGGAGACGUCCUGGGAGCCUCCAGAGCAUCUGAGCCCGUACCCCCCUCUGAUGGAGCCGAUGAGUGUGCACAGGUUUCACGAGGACGGGCCGCCUCCCCUACCUGAGGAGGACUACCCCUCGGAGGAUUACCCAGCUGCUGAUCAUCCAGAGGGAUACCAGGAUCUCCUCGCGGCGGGCCCUCCCACCCUCCCUAAAGAGUACACCCUCAGUCAUGUGAGCCAGACCAUCAUCCCCCGGGCCAACCUGGACCGCAGCACCCAAAUGGGUUGGAACCUCAGUGUGGAGCCCAACGGGACUUGGGUGUUCACCAGUGAACACUCUCCAGAGCAGUGGAUCAAGUCUGUGGAUGAGCGAGGGCAGACCUACUACUACCUGAGAGACGGCUCCAGGUCUCUGUGGAACCUGCCUGAGGUCCCUCUACCUCCUGGUCAGUCCAGGAUGGAGAAUGGUGUUGAGGCAGACAAUCAGUCAGUCAUCAAAAACUGGAGACACACCAUGGGACCUGUACAGCUCAGCUCAGCCCAGAGUGAUGGGAGGUUCGUCCCAUCUCACAGGAGGAACACGUCCGACUACAGCAGCGACAGCUCCAGUACAGGAAACUCUCCAGAGACGCAACAUAACGCUAUUGGGUUUAGACCCUGGAGAAACCCCUAUUAUCUGACCUCCAGGUGGCUGCGCUAUAAUGUGCAGAACUUAGAAAAAGCCGGAAUUCUUAACAAAACGAAAGUGUGUGAGAAUGGCAAGAAAGUAAGGAAAAACUGGGCCCAGACUUGGACGGUUCUCCACGGAGGAGUGCUGACGUUCCACAAAGAUCCAAAGUCGGCAGCAACAGGGGCCUCGAACAAGACCAAUCAGAUUGUACCGGAGGUCACGGUCGACCUGCGAGGAGCGUCGAUUGGCAGGGCCUCGAAGGACAAAUCCAGCAAGAAGAACGUUUUGGAGUUAAAAGGCAAGAACGGUGUGGAGUUUCUGAUACAGUACGACACAGAAAGCAUCAUCGCUGACUGGCACAAAGUCUUAGUGGACACCAUACGACAACUGGAGUACCAGGACCAUCAUUCAGAGGAGGAGGACGGGGACUUAUAUGAGAAGAUCGGCAACACAGAGAAAGUUGAUGAGAAGUUUGGAGGUGGCAUUGAAAAGCGAAGAUCCUCCAGGCCGAGUGUCACACACUCAACCAGCUCUGCAGGAGACACAGACCAGAAGAGGGUUCGAACCAAGCUGAUGAAGUUCCUCAUGAAACGCCCCACGCUGCAGUCGGUGAAGGAGAAAGGCUACAUCCGAGACAACGUGUUUGGUUGCCAUCUGGCCACACUGUGUGCACAAGAGAGGACCACAGUUCCUAGUUUUGUGGAGAAAUGUAUCAAAGCAGUGGAAAAGAGAGGUUUAGAAAUUGACGGUCUCUACAGAGUGAGCGGGAACCUCGCUGUCAUUCAGAAACUACGCUUCAAGGCAGAUCAUGAGGAACUGGACCUCGAGGACGGCCAGUGGGAGGACGUUCACGUCAUCACUGGAGCUCUGAAGUUGUUUUUUCGAGAGCUUCCUGAGCCGCUUUUCCCAUACAGCCACUUUAAUAAGUUCAUCUCAGCCAUCAGAAUUCCUGAUUACAACAAAAAAGUGUCUUUCAUGUGUGAGCUGGUCAACUCACUUCCUCCUUCAAAUCAUGAUACCAUGGAACUCCUUUUUGGGCAUUUACGCAGGGUCAUUAAAUACGGGGAGGACAAUCGCAUGACUGUGCAGAAUGUGGCUAUUGUAUUCGGCCCGACUCUGCUUCGGCCAGAGACGGAGUCAGCCAACAUCACCAUGCACAUGGUCUUUCAGAACCAGAUCGUGGAGUUCAUCCUGAAUGAAUACGAGCGUAUUUUCCACUCCAGCUGAAGCAGUCACAAGCCUCCAGUGCAGACCUGGGCAAACGUCUAAAUGUGCUCAAGUUAUUUGAAGUGCUAGAUUUACCUUUUUUGCAUGCACAUAAACAGCUUCAAUCUAAAACAUCUUGUAAAAUAAGCUAAAGGGUUCUUCAAGUUUUCUUUGCUCAAAAUAUUUGAGGUUUAACCACGUAAAAAAUAGAUAAAAAGGGAUCUUCAAAUGGCAUUUGCACAGAAUGUUUGAAGCAUGUUUAACCACACUGUCCAGAUUUACUCCGUAGGAGGCUGGCACUGUUAGAGCUAUAUUUGGCAGUAUUGUAGGAUUGGAAAGGAAGCCACACAGGUGUAAACAGGUGUGGUUUGGUUUCCCGUCUCUGAGCUAUUGGGCUUGGUGCUUGGGUGGAAGAAAGACUGUAUCAGAUUGCUCUGGCUCCCUGUCUUAAUCUCACAAGUCAGAUUUUAUCUGUUUGUUUUUAUUUCUGGCUUGUCUAAAUGGCAGUGAUAAUAGAACCCAAGUCAACCUGGACGCAUGCAUUAAUGCUCUCUUAAAGAAAUGAUCAAUGAUUGCUUCCAUCUUUAUUUUAGAAAGUUUAUUGACAUUUAAAUAUUGUUUUUAAUUUAAAACGACAGUAUAUCGUAUAUGGCAAUAACUGAGAUUGCAUUCUAAUAUUGUUUCAUUUUUACCCAUGAAUUUUAUUGUAAUAUAGAAAUGUAUAAAAAAAGAAAUAUUAAUACCAACAUAUUGCUGUGAAAUAGAUGGUGACAUAGAGUACUUGUGCAACCUAUAGAUUAUUUUCCACAAUAAAAUGCCAUUUUUCAAUCAUGCUGUACUUGAAAAAACUGUAACACCAUAGAAAUAUAAACUAGUGACAGUAAAAUCAGUCGGACCAUGAAAGAGAAAAGUGGAUUCUAGAAGAGAUUUAUGACCUGUAAAUAGAAAUAGAAGGCAUAUUUAUGCUGAAAGUUGUUGAUAAUGCACAAGUUAUUACAUAAUAAAAAAUAACUUUGUAAAAAAGCA